CUGUCCUCCAACACCACCACCACCACCUCUACCCCUCGCUGCAUCAUCACCCGGCCACCAUGUCGGCCAUCAAGAUGACCCCCCAGGCCCUCAUCACCGAAUGGGCUCACUUCCUCUGGCAGGAGCGCGGCAUGGCGCAGAUGUACACCCACCUCGUCCUCGCAGCCUUGUUCCCCAUAUACGCCGGCGCGCACGCCUCACUCCGCCGUCCGCCAUCGGCCGCAAUAUCGGUGAAAAAGAAGAGGAAGACAAAAGAGGAGGAUGAUGAGGAUAGUGAAGACGAGGACCUGGAGGUAGAACAGCAUCUUGGUCUGACGCCGUCAGAUGCGAUCAUGUUCCCCAUCCUCGCCGGCUUCACGCUGUCGGGACUCUACUUCCUGAUUAAGUGGCUCAAGGACCCCGCGCUCCUGAAUCAGAUUCUGGGGUACUACUUCUCUACCCUCGGGGUAUUUGGAGUCGGCAAGCUGGCGACCGAUGCGCUGAAUGUUAGCACCUCGGUGGUGUUCCCGAAUAUGUGGUCCGCGAAGGGACAGAUAUACCACAUCAACCAGACCCUCUCCGCGCAACUCAUCGAGUCGCCCUCACCGAGCCCAGAGACGAAAAUCCACCGCCGCUUUGUUGAAGCAAAGACGAACCCCUUCCCAAGCGUGUUCUCGAGCAUACGCUUCCCCGCCAGGACGACCAAGCGAAUCUGGGCCACCCGCGCCUUGCUGAACCAGCACUGGGUAUUCCGCGGUUACAUCCACGGCAUCCUCAGCGCCAAGUCGCGCGUCCGUCUCAACGACGCCCUUGGUUUCCUCAUUGGGGUCACAUGUAUAGCGCUCUACAACAUGAACGGCAAGCCCUGGUACCUCACCAACCUCAUGGGCUUCGGCUUCUGCUACGGAUCGCUACAACUCAUGUCACCCACCACCUUCUGGACGGGAUCCCUCGUCAUGGGCGGGCUGUUUAUUUACGAUAUCGUGAUGGUGUUCUAUACCCCCCUCAUGAUCACCGUGGCUACCACCCUUGAUGCACCGAUGAUGCUUGUUGUUCCCGGCCCGAGUAGGGGGAGUAUGUUGGGGUUGGGCGAUAUUGUGUUGCCGGGGAUUAUGAUCGGGCUUGCGCUGAGAUUCGAUUUGUAUCUUCAUUACCUCCGUAAGGGCCAGGCGUCAUCGGAUAUUGCCUUGCCGUCUUACAAAAAACCAACCGCGUCGCAAACAGGCGACCUCUUCUGGACAGCCCGCCACGCCUCCCUCCGCCCCGCUGCCCUCGCUGACGCGGCGUUCAGGAAGACGUAUUUCCACGCUGCGUUGGUAGGUUAUGUAGCUGGUAUGGCCGUCACCCUCUCGGUGCUUAAUAUAUGGAACCACGCGCAGCCGGCGCUACUGUACCUCGUCCCGGGGGUGCUGAUAGCGUUGUGGGGGACGGCGCUGGUGAGGGGGGAGAUUGGGGUGAUGUGGCGGUUUACGGAGAGUGGGGAUGAUAUUGCGGAUGUGAGGGGGGUUAGGGUUGAGGUGAAGAAGGAGGAGGAGGUGAAGGUUGGGGAGGUGAAGGUUGAGAAGGGGGGGAGGAAUCAUGGAGUUAAGGGGUAUGGAGCGAAGGAGGAUUUUGUCAUGUAUUUCACGCUGUCGACGCCGAAGGGUGAGGAUGUUCGCGAGCGGGUUGUUGGGAAGAAUGAUUGAGUAUAGGGGGUAAUGUAGUUGUGGCGAAAUGGGGUGGGGGGUAGAUAAAUGGGUUGCCUGGGAAGCAAGGGGGUUCAGCGAUUGUUCUAGGCAUAGAUGGCUUGGCUACUUGCAUUGUUAGAGGUUAGACUAGCCGUGGGUGUAUUUUUAUCACGGGAUUUGGGCUGGUAUCGGUUUUGGGUUGAUA